UGCCUCAUUUGUCCAACACGCAGUCCAGGCGCGCAUCAGGUCCUGCACUUUACCAAGGGAUUAUUAUUAUCGUUUUUCUUCUGAAAACAAAACACACAACACAAACGAACCGUUCCACCUGCUUGGGAGACAAUGCAUCUGUCUCAGAUCGUACUGUAUCUGGGCUUGCUGACAGCGUUGGGAGCAGUAGUUGUGAGUGAGCAGGAUACACAGCCCUCCGCCGCCAGCAGCCCCGCAGACACAGAGCACUGCGCUACCUGCGACGUGCGGCAGCAGAUCAAAACCAUGCGGCUGAACGCGAUCAAAUCACAGAUCCUCAGCAAGCUGAGGAUGAAGGAAGCUCCCAACAUCAGCCGGGACGUGGUGCAGCAGCUCCUGCCCAAAGCGCCGCCGCUGCAGCAGCUGCUCGACCAGUACGACGUGCUGGGGGACGACAAUAGGGACGUGGUCUUGGAAGAGGACGACGAGCACGCAACCACGGAGACGAUCAUGAUUAUGGCCACUGAACCCGACUCGGCCGUGCAGGUGGACGGAGAGCCAAAGUGCUGCUUCUUCUCCUUCACCCAGAAGCUCCAGGCCACCCGCAUAGUGCGGGCGCAGCUGUGGGUGCAUCUGCGCCCCGCGGACGAGGCCACCACCGUGUUCCUGCAGAUCUCCCGCCUGAUGCCGGCCACGGACGGGAGCACGUCCGUGCGGAUCCGCUCCCUGAAGAUCGACGUGAACGCCGGAGUCAGCUCGUGGCAAAGUAUAGACGUUAAACAAGUGGUGACGGUGUGGCUGCGGCAGCCGGAGACCAACUGGGGCAUCGUGAUCAAGGCCCCCGACUCGAGUAGGAACGACUUAGCCGUGACCUCCACAGAGCCGGGAGAAGAGGGCCUGCAACCGUUCAUCGAGGUGAAGAUCUCCGAGGGCCCCAGGCGCGCCAGGAGAGACUCGGGUCUGGACUGUGACGAGAACUCUCCAGAGUCCCGGUGCUGCCGCUAUCCAUUCACUGUGGACUUUGAGAACAUUGGCUGGGACUGGAUUAUUGCCCCAAAGCGCUACAAGGCCAAUUACUGUUCUGGAGAGUGUGAGUACAUGCACCUGCAGAAGUACCCACACACCCACCUGGUGAACAAGGCCAACCCCAGGGGGAGCGUGGGCCCCUGCUGUACCCCCACAAAGAUGUCGUCCAUCAACAUGCUCUACUUUAACCGCAAAGAGCAAAUCAUCUACGGCAAGAUCCCCUCCAUGGUGGUGGACCGUUGUGGAUGCUCUUGAGUUGAGACUCUACUGCGAGAGCAGGGAGGUCGGAGGGGCUGGUGUGACGGGCCCCCUCCCCUGCCCACUUUAGACUCUCUGAUCCAACCAAUCCACCACUUCCAGCGCUUUUCUGCAGACCAUGGUGCAAUACAACCAGAGUAGAGGCCACAAACAGCUCGAUCUUCCUGCAGGGCAGUGCUUUCACAACUGGCAUAGUUCUUACUUUUCUUUUUUCUCCAGUGAAAUCUUAGCCAUGAGGGCUUGAAGCCAGAUGCAGGAAAACAAAAACACACAAGGACACACAAAGACACACAUACAGACAUGCACACUUUGGAGUGAAUGUAGACUGAAAUGAUCAAAGUUAUCCAAAAAAAGUAUUUUUCUUCUCUUUUUCACUGCCUUUGUAGACAAACAUGCUGCCCGUUUAUACUGGUACACCAUUUAUACCACUACACUCCAGUCAUACCCAAGAUACAAGCUAUUACACUUUUUACUAUGCUUUGCUACGUUUUUUGAUAAUCAUAUUUUGAGUUAUGUUUUCAGAGAGAAACCAGGAAUCCUCAAGGACAUUUUGAAAGGGCUUGAAAGAUAAAGUUUUAGACUGUUUAGAGUGACAUUUCACCCUGGCAGAAUGAAUGUUGUAGGAUACACUGCAAAACAGUCCCUCUAGAAAUCUAGAAAUAAGCCUAAUAUUCCAAAAUCUAGUCAAAAUGGUAAUAUUUUAAGCAAAAUGAUCCCUGCCAAUUGGGUAAGAACAUUUUUCUUGACUAGAAUUGUUAGAAAUAGCAAAAUAGUCUUCUAAUCUUCUUGAAACAAGGCGCUUUUACUUUCUUAGAUAUUAAUUUUUUGCAGUGGGAACAGAAAUCUUUAACUCUUUUCUCCCAGGGUGAAGUCCCGCUUAAUAUUUUGACAGGUCAUCAUGUACUCUGCCAUACAGAAACUGACCGAGAAACAUUCAAGGUCACUUUGUAAUCUUCACAAUCUUACAAAAAAACAAAACAAAAAAAACAAAAACAAAAAAAAAAAGAUAUAACAGAGCCUGACCUGCCCGACACACUUGAAUUAUUCUGAUUGUAAAUUCAGCUUACUGGACAGAAGGACUUGAACUGAAGGCACGAUGAAUGCAGCCUACAAAGGAAAAUGUGUUUAAGAUGGAGAAAAUGAAAUCGUGUGAAUUUUGAGAUCUUGCUUAAAACUCUGUCUAACAAACAACGCAGUUUGCACUAUGGCACACCAAUAGAAAGAAUUGGUUGCUACAAAAGUUGUAAAAACUGAUUUUGAUAUGUUUGCUAAUUUGUAUUAUAUACAUACUGUAUGCAAUUGUUUCCAUAAGGAGUUGUCUUUCUAAGCCACUGAUGGUUAAAUAUAUAAAACCACAAUGUAGCAGGAUAAAAGAUGUAAUACAGCAAUUCUAUAUACUUGUUUAACAAAUAAAGUCUCUAGCUUGUU